UGAGUAUACCAACAUUCACUUACACUAAUAUAAUUGAUACUUGUUAUGCUAUAUUUGUAUAGAUAGAUAUAUAUGUACAAUCCUACCAACCGCUCCUGACUUCUGAUUAGGCAAGAAAACAUGGGCAACCCCAGUGAUGUACCCCCAGACUACCGCGCCGAUGGCCCGAACCUGAUGGAGAUAUGUGUGCUGUUAAUGAUCAAAAUAAGGGGCGAAAAACUGAAAAGUAAAGCGGAUAAGAAAAUCAGGAGUACGGCUAUAUUGCAAGGUGUUCUCGAUGGCAUGUUUUCUCAAUACGAAAUGCGGGGCACCAAUGUUUACCUCAAAACUAUCGAUUCUCCUUCGUCUGUGGUGAAAGACAGGAAGGAUGAGCUGAUCGCGCGGUUAUCAGAUUGCCUUUCAGCAGACAGACACCCUCGGCUGGCGACGGCGUGGGUAGGCAGGUUAGAGGGUGGUCUAGUACUGAAAGGUGACCAUCAAUUCCCGGAUAUAGAAAAGCGAGUUGCAGAAGUGCUUGUACACAAAGGGCUACUCAUAGACGAAAAAAGGACAUUCUCGACCACAUACAAAGUGCUCCCUGCGGGAAAUGAGGCCGUGAAGCAAAUUAUAGAGCUCACGAGACAAGUGGUCACCACGCAAUACCAAGACGAAUACGCCGUGGCUGUUAUGACUGUCUACAAGAUUGUGGAUCCGCAACUGCACUCCUUGCAUCUGGGACGGUCAAAGGAACACGAAGCGUACCAGCGCGUGGAUGAGUUGUUUAAGACACGUCCUGUGCACAAGUGCAUGGCGGAGACAUACGGCAUAAGGACGGGGUGGGGCAUACUGUGGUUUUUCAACCCAAAGAACCUAUUGCCACCCAUGCCCUGGUAGGGGUUGUACUGGAGAGUAUUGUACUCCGCUCCUAUGUAUGAGCGGGUAUCAUGCUAAUGAAACGUUGCGAGGUUUACACAGUAGUGUCUCGUGCAGUACCUAUGAUAGUACAGCACCUCGAGGUAGUCAUACUCCAGCAUAAAGCCAGCAUAUACGGCCGUAGUUCUCCCCUAUUUUUGACUAAUUACUUAUCAACAGAGUCAGGAGCUUGGCUCUAAUGAUAUGCGUAGGCUGAUCAAUCGCCCGUAUGCAGCUCAGGGAAUUCACUGCUGUCGUUAUAAUGCGAUCAUGGUGUUGCAGAUCAAUGCGUCAUAGGAGACAGUUCCAACCUACAUACGCAUCAUGUAUGCGUGUGUUGCAACCUGUUCGCAUGCGAACCUCUGCAAGGCAUGUGCCAGCUAGUAAGGCGGCUGGCCUGCGCGUCUUUUCUCAUGGUCCCGUGGUGGACUAUCAGAACGUGAUGUUUGUAUUUAGUUCAGCACGCAGUGUAGUGAAUAUCUUCACUCACAAUUCGAACAUAUAUGGCCGAGAGUGUCAAGGACAUGGUAUAAAUACGGAUGUCACUGACCAGUCUUCGGGACUCAUUUGCUAUGAAUUGCAAUAAAAUUGGCAUUAUAUCCUGGUCAUUGACAGGUUUCAUA